ACAGGGCAGACUCCUAGUGUCCCCAGAGAACUCGGUUGGGGGUAGAAGCAGCAUCUCGGAACUGCUUGCUCUAUAUAUGAGUGCCAAGUUAAUCCCCAGCAGGGAGGGACAGGCAAGGAACAGACUGUUGGGCUCUUCCUGCUGCUGAAAAUUCACUGGGCACUGGAGGAGGAAAUUUACCUUCACUCUUCUGCCCUGAAUGUUUUCCCAAACAUGAAGGCAAUGAGUUUAGUCUUCUUGGUGGGACUUAUAGGAGAGUUCCAAGUUUUUUCAAGUGCCUCCUCUCCUGUCAAUUGUCAGUGGGAUUCCUAUGCUCCUUGGUCAGAAUGCAAUGGUUGUACCAAGACUCAGACUCGCAGGAGACCCAUUGCUGUUUAUGGGCAGUAUGGCGGGCAUCCCUGUGUCGGAAGUACGUUUGAAACACAAUCAUGUGAACCUACACGAGGAUGUCCAACAGAAGAAGGAUGUGGAGAGCGUUUCAGGUGUUUUUCAGGUCAGUGCAUCAGCAAAUCUUUGGUUUGCAACGGGGAUUCUGACUGUGAAGAAGACAGUGCCGAUGAAGACCGGUGUGAGGACUCAGAAAGCAGACCUUCCUGUGACCUCAGUAAACCUCCUCCCAACAUAGAACUUACUGGAAAUGGUUACAAUGCACUCACGGGCCAGUUUAGGAACAGAGUCCUCAACACUAAAAGUUUUGGUGGUCAAUGCAGAAAGGUGUUUAGUGGGGAUGGGAGAGAUUUCUACAGACUGAGUGGAAAUGUCCUCUCCUACACAUUCCAGGUGAAAAUAAAUAAUGAUUUUAAUUAUGAAUUUUACAAUAGUACCUGGUCUUAUGCAAAACAUACAUCUACAGAACAUACAUCAUCUAGUAAAGGACGCGUCUUCAUUUUUAGUUCUUCUUCUUCUUCCCACAGUUAUUAUGCAAAGACCUAUGAAAUCCUUAAGAAAAAGAGUUAUCAGUUGUUGGUUGUUCAGAACACUGUUGAAGUGGCUCAAUUUAUCAAUAACAAUCCAGAAUUUUUGCAACUUGCUGAGUCAUUCUGGAAGGAACUCUCCUACCUUCCUCCUCUGUAUGAUUACAGCGCCUACCGAAGAUUAAUUGACCAGUAUGGGACACAUUAUCUGCAGUCUGGGUCCUUAGGAGGAGAAUACAAAGUUUUAUUUUAUGUGGACUCAGAGAAAGUUGCAGAAAGCGAUCUUAGUUCAGAGGAUAAGAAGAAAUGUGCUUCCUCACAUAUUAGUUUUCUAUUUAAAUCAUCAAAGCACAAAUGCAAGGCGAUGGAAGAGGCCUUAAAAUCAGCUUCAGGAACUCAGAGUAAUGUGUUGCGAGGGGUCCCGUUUGUCAGAGGGGGACGUCCUGGCUUUGUGUCUGGCCUUAGUUACCUGGAGCUGGACAACCCUGCUGGAAACAAACAACGAUAUUCUUCCUGGGCAGGAUCUGUGACUGAUCUUCCCCAAGUCAUAAAACAAAAGCUGACACCUUUGUAUGAGCUGGUAAAGGAAGUACCCUGUGCGUCUGUGAAAAGACUAUACUUGAAACGGGCCCUGGAGGAGUAUCUGGAUGAAUUUGACUCCUGCCAUUGCCAACCUUGUCAAAACGGUGGCAUGGCCAGUGUCGAGGGGACCCAGUGUCAGUGCCAUUGCAAACCAAACACAUUUGGUGUGGCGUGUGAACAAGGAGUCCUCGUAGGGGAUCAUGCAGGAGGCGUUGAUGGAGGGUGGAGUUGCUGGUCCUCUUGGGGCCCCUGUGUCCAAGGGAAGAAAACAAGGAGCCGAAAAUGCAAUAACCCACCCCCCAGUGGGGGUGGGAAAUCCUGUAUUGGAGAAACGUCAGAAAGCAGGCAAUGCGAAGAUGAGGAUCUGGAGCAUCUUCGGUUGCUUGAACCACAUUGUUUCCCUUUGUCUUUGGUUCCAACAGAAUUCUGUCCAUCACCUCCUGCCUUGAAAGAUGGAUUUGUUCAAAAUGAAGAGACCACGUUUCCUGUUGGGAAAAACAUAGUGUACAGUUGCAAUGAAGGAUACUCUCUUGUUGGAGACCCUGUUGCCAGAUGUGGAGAAGAUUUACAGUGGACUGUUGGGAAAAUGCAUUGUCAGAAAAUUGCCUGUGUUCUACCUACACUGAUGCAUGGCUUACAGAGUCAUCCCCAGAAGCCUUUCUACACAGUUGGAGAGAAGGUGACCUUUUCCUGUUCAAGCGGCAUGUCCUUAGAAGGUCCAUCGACAUUUCUCUGUGGAUCCAGCCUCAAGUGGAGCCCUGAGAUGAAAAAUGUCCAGUGUGUGCGAAAAGAGGCCCCUUUGGUAAAGGAAGUGCCUAAAUGUCAGCUCUGGGAGAAACUGCAGAAUUCAAAAUGUGUUUGUAAAAUGCCCUAUGAAUGCGGAUCUUCCUUAGACGUGUGCGCUCGAGAUGAGAGAAGCAAAAGGAUCCUGCGACUGACAGUUUGCAAGAUGCAUGUUCUCCAGUGUCAGGGUAGAAAUUACACUCUUUCUGUUGGGGAGACCUGUACUCUGCCUGGCUCCGCUGAGAAAGCUUGCGGUGCAUGUCCACUCUGGGAGAAAUGUGAUGCCCAAAGCAGCAAAUGUGUCUGCAGAGCCGCCUCGGAGUGCGAGGAAGCGGGGUUCCACGUCUGCGUGGAGGUGAACGGCAGGGAGCAGACGAUGACCGAGUGUGAGGCCGGCGUCCUAAGAUGCCUAGGACUGAGCAUCACUGUCACCAGCAUCAGGCCCUGCGCGCCCGAAGCCCCGUAGCAACCCCGGCGCGCACAACCUGCCACGUAGACAGCUUCUCAGCACACAGGCCCCUUCUUUCUCCUCCCACUCAUGUCCACUUCUCCCAGUCCCCUGCGUAAACGCAACCCCUCGUUCUCCCAAAUCUAGAUCCAGAUUCUCUCUUUCUCCUCUUUUUUUAUUUUUUAUUUUUUUCAUUCGUACAUUUUUUUCUCUUGCAAUCAGAAAAAUAUAGUCUUUAAAAAAAACCCCAGUAACAUUACACUUUGGUUGCACUCAGUUCGUAGAGGACAGACACCCAGGCUGCAUUCUUUCUUCUCUUUUUAAAUGUCAGUCAGGAUGAAAGAUAUUCAUGAACCUUUGCAGGAGCUAAUUGUGUAUUCUUGGAAAAUCGCUAACUCUUCUGGACGUUGAUUUUUUUUUUUUUAUCUGAAAAUUAGAGGAUUAGAUUUGAGAAAUUCGAAUGCGCCAUUCGGCCUUUCGGCCUAUAACUCCGCCCAUGGGCGGGAGCGCAUUCUGCAAAUAGCCUAGAGAAACAGAAAGAUGACAGGGGCCGGCUUCCCUCGAGUGAAACCGAGUACCGCAAAGGGGACCGUCAAUGGAGAAAGACAGACACGAUUUUUCCACCUCAAGUAGUAAUCUCACAUUUCAACCUGUGACUCAAGCACCACACCAUGGGAUCCCUAAUUUUACCAGAAGGUUGAAUCACCCACUGUCAGAACGGAAUUCGUCCAGCUGUGGUCAAGGGGGGUGCCUUCUACCUUCUCCUCUGAGAACAAACGAAAUUCAGGCUUCUCCCUGGGGCUUUUCUUUAGUAUGUGCCAAACACCAGACCUGUAAUUUGCCCCCCUCCACCCCUCUUCUUUUGUAGGAUGCAUCAUUCAUGCCUGAGCUGUUGAAUCAUUGCAUAUUUGGGAGAACUAGAUUUUUCAGGGGCUCUACAGGUAGAUCCGUUUAAAGCUUUGGCCUUCUAUUUACUCCCUAUUCAUCUUUCAUCAAAACAAAAUAGCAGCUGUAGGAGGUGGAAUGAGUGGGCUUCAAUGGAAUUUGAAAUGUGCUUUUAUAUACAAAUAAUAUCUGUAUUUUUCUGAUGCUGAUAAAUACAUUUCAACACAAAUUUUGUUCAAAUGAUAAUGAUUAAAAAACUCAUUAAAGAUACUCUCCUUUGGAAUUUUAAAA